GUAAGGGAAGCUCUCUGUUCUUGUCUCUGUGUUCCAUCAGCAAACACCAAAGUCUCUUUCUUUGUUUCCACGAAUCUCUGUUUCACAGUUAUAACCAAAAACCCUACUAAGGUCCUAGGUCUCAGUUUCGUCGCCGUACCAGGGGCGGCAAUGGCACUCAUUUCACAGACAGGCUCGUCAUACUGCAUGCGUGCCGAGAUGUUUCAGAAUAAAACUGGGCAAAAUGUGGUGUUUAGUAGGGCAGGCCAUGUAGAGGCGUCCAAAUUGAAGGACAAUUGCAUUGGCUUCUCUGCCUUAUCAUCUAAUUCUUCUAGGAAGGCACAUAUUUUGCAUAUGGACAAUGCAGCAGUAGGACAGAAACGACGCUAUAGUGUGGUAGUUGCAGCCAGCCCUCCCACAGAAGAUGCAGUAAUUGCCACAGAACCGCUGACAAAAGAGGAUCUUGUAGCGUAUCUUGCCUCUGGAUGCAAGCCAAAGGAAGCAUGGAGAAUCGGCACUGAACAUGAGAAGUUUGGUUUUGAGCUCAAAACUUUACGUCCAAUGAAAUAUGAACAAAUAUCUGAGUUGUUUAAUGGGAUUGCCGAGAGAUUUGAUUGGGAAAAAGUUAUGGAAGGAGACUACAUUAUUGGACUCAAACAGGGCAAGCAAAGUAUAUCACUAGAGCCUGGCGGCCAAUUUGAGCUUAGUGGCGCACCUCUUGAAACUCUGCAUCAAACUUGCGCUGAAGUCAAUUCACAUCUCUAUCAGGUCAAAGCAGUUACAGAGGAAAUGGGAAUUGGAUUUCUUGGAAUUGGUUUUCAGCCCAAAUGGGGAAUAAAGGACAUACCUAUAAUGCCCAAGGGAAGGUAUGAGAUUAUGAGAAAUUACAUGCCUAAAGUUGGCACUCUAGGACUUGAUAUGAUGUUCAGGACUUGCACCGUACAGGUUAAUCUUGACUUCAGUUCUGAAAGAGACAUGAUAAGAAAAUUUCGUGCUGGUCUUGCGUUGCAGCCUAUUGCAACAGCUCUCUUUGCAAAUUCACCUUUUACUGAAGGAAAGCCAAAUGGUUUUCUAAGCAUGAGAAGUCAAAUCUGGACCGAUACUGACAAUAACCGCACUGGCAUGCUUCCUUUCGUUUUUGAUGAGUCCUUUGGGUUUGAGCAGUAUGUCGAUUAUGCUCUUGAUGUUCCCAUGUACUUUGUCUAUCGGAAUAAAAAGUAUAUUGACUGUACUGACAUGACCUUCCGGGACUUUUUGGCGGGGAAGCUCCGUUGCAUUCCUGGUGAAUUGCCUACCCUGAAUGAUUGGGAGAACCAUUUAACAACUAUCUUUCCUGAGGUCAGGCUGAAGAGAUACUUGGAGAUGAGGGGAGCUGAUGGAGGACCUUGGCGGAGAUUAUGUGCUUUGCCAGCAUUUUGGGUAGGUAUAUUGUAUGAUGACGUUUCCCUUCAAAAUGUGUUGGACAUUACUGCUGACUGGACCCCUGAAGAAAGACAGAUGCUGAGAAAUAAGGUUCCAAUUACUGGUCUAAAGACACCAUUUAGGGAUGGAUUGCUCAAGCAUGUUGCUCAAGAUGUUGUAAAGUUGGCAAAGGAUGGACUUGAAAGAAGAGGCUUUAAGGAAUCCGGCUUCUUGAAUGAGGUGGCAGAGGUGGUUAGAACUGGUGUUACACCAGCUGAGACGUUAUUGGAGUUGUACAAUGGGAAGUGGGAGCGACAGAUAGACCCUGUUUUCCAAGAGCUACUAUACUGAGGUGGGAAACUUCAGUGGGCCCAUUUUGUGUGUAAACCUUGCAAAUUUUCAGGUGUAAUCCUAGUUGUUUCUCUUCUUAGCUGCUUUCACUAUGCGAUUAGAGGUAUUACCUUCCCACAAGAAUAAUUUAUGCCAUGUAAAUCUUAGGCAUGAUGCUUCUCAUCUAAUUUACACUGGAUAAGAUCAAAUUAUUGUUCCAGGUUAUGCAAUGGAAGGUUAAUAAUAGUUAAACUUUGAGUUGGGGGUCAUUUGUAAAACCUAAUGGCAUGUGUUUCGGUGAAUAAUACGCUGCCCAGUUGAACUGAA